CAUGGAGCAGCUGGUAGGUUAGAACCACUGAUCUUUCGGUUCGCAGCUGAGCGCUUAACCGCUGCACCACCAGGGCUCCUAACGUGACCAUGUAAAGUCAGAUUGUCUUGAUCCAAAUCUCAGCUUUACUGCAUUUUAACUAUUUACAUUGGGCAGUUUAACAUACUUAGGCUUCAGUUUCUUUAUUUAUAAAAAGGGGUAAUAAUAGUUUUUUAUUUGUAGAGUUGUUAGAAUUAUCUUAAAUAAUGCAUGAAAACACUUAGUUCAGUUCAUAGUCCAUAGUAAAUGUAAAUAACUGUUUAGCAAUUGUUAUUAUUUGUAUUAUCAUUAUUAGUUCUAGAAAGAUCACUCUGGUUACUUGGAUUAGAAUGGAGUAUGAUUAGUGUAAUUACAGGGAAACACGUUAGUUAUUCAGACAAAAAAUAACAGUGACUUGAGUUUGGAUAGAAGCAGAGGGAGUAGAGAAAGAGAUUCUAUUUGAAAGAAAUUUCAGAGGUAGAAUCCUUGGCCUUGGUGAUUGAAUGAAUGUGGGAGAUGAGGGAGAGGGAGGAGUAAAAGAUGAGUCAAAGUACCUCAGAUCAUUUUUGCAUGUGGUUGAUAUAAAUAAACCACAUCAGAUGUACUAAAAAAAAGAAAUUAAGCUCAUUUUCAGCAAAUAAUAAUUGACCGAUAAUGCCCAGAAGCUAACCAUAUGAAUUUGAAGACCUGAGAUUGAUUCUUUCUUGUUUGUAGUCGUUAAGCCUCUGAAUAGGUUGGAGAAGAAUAAAUAUAAUUUGAACAGUCUUUUCCUUUCUUUUUCUGACUGUUUCCCUUUUAGUUCUGUUGUGUUGUUACUAUUUUAACCUUUUAGUAUCGGGUUGAACCAUAUGAAAGUUACCAUUUUUGUAGGUCAGAAAUGGUUAAAUAUUGGCAAUUUCAUAUGGUUCAUCCUACUCUUAUUCUUUCAGAACUUUUAACAGGGAUUAUUUUCAGUUAGAUUGAGUACCAAAGACUGAAGGAAUAUUGCUAUGAUAACAUAAGAACAAAAGGAAUUGAGCCCCGUGAAGUAGUGAAUUAAACCUCAUGUCCUAGGUUCUUGCCAUAUCAUAUGGCUCUGGGAGGACAUCUUGCAGCCAGAUUUUCUUUGUUAGCUUUACCAAAAGGGCAUGUUAUGUAUUAUUUUGGCUUUUUUUUUUUAACCCGAUUAUAAAAGUAGUACAUAGAAAUUGGUAAAUUGAAAAUAUAGAAAGUCACAAGGAAAAAAAUUAAAAAAAUCACUUACAAUCCUAUCGUCAAUGAUAAGUAGAGUUCGUUUUUAAUGUAUUUUCUUUUAGUGACGUAUGUAAAUAUAUAUACUUAACGAAAUUGUUUUUUCCCCAAAAAGAAUAUAUAAGUGCAUUAUUUUUAAGAGGAUAUGUGUAUAUAGAUUUUUGUGAGGAUACAAAUUUAUUACCUCCCUCCAUGUCAUUAAUAAUUUGUUUCUCCUGAAGAAGGUAUUUUUCUUUAGUUUAAAACAUUAACUCUUGACUGAUUUGACAAAGUGUGGCUAUCAGGCUUUCUCACUGUUAAGUUUACUAUGUGAAUAUUUUGACCAUAGCACCUAAGUGGUUUUACUAAAACAAAAAUGAAGUUGAAAAGAACUACUAUUAUUCUAAUGAUAGUAAUGCAAUAGCUUGUUUUUUUAUUACAUUUUUAUUUCUUUCAAGUUAUCAGCCAAUGUAAAUAUCUGUUUUUAUUAGUGUAGCUGUCUAAUUUUAUAUAUGAGAAACCUGAGAUUUAGAGAAGAUAAGUUACAUGCCCAAAUUCACAAGUAAUUAGUGAAAAAACCUGAACUCCUGGCUGUGACAAAUGUUUUUUUCAUUUACUGGAAUAUGGUAACUCACAAAUCAUUUCUUUAUUCAUUCAGUAUUGAUUAAGCACUCAGUGAGUAUUCAAAAAUAAAGUCUAUGACAAGCAUGUAGAAUAGUGCAUACCCUGGUUUGGCUUGAGGAUAAGGUGUUUGGAGGGCAGAGUGGAAUAAUGAGAUCAAACUGGAAAGACAAUAAGGAGCCAUUGACUCUUCUGAAUAGUGUAGAACCAAAAUGAAACGUGUGUUCUUGGAUAUUUAAUCAGGUAAAAAUGAAUAGUUCAGAGAAAUAAAAGCAACUAGAAGUCCAGAUAAUAGUUAGUGAUGGCCUACAGAAAAGUUUUAAAAACUGAAAGGAGGAAAUGAAUUUGAAAGCUACUGUAGAAAGAUUGCAAGAACUUGGUGACUUAAGAGGGAGAGGGUUGUCAAGAUGAUUCCUAAGUUUCACACCUGAGUGCCUGGAAAAAUAUUGAAGAAAAAAAAUGAAUCAAGAGAGGCUUACUUGGUAAGAAAAAUAUAUUUGAGUUUGAAAUCACAGGACAUCCAGGUGAGAAUGUGUGACCUACAGGCAAAUUGUAGAUGGAAAAGAGAGCUCAGAAGUAAAGCUAGGGGUGGAGACCUAGCCAGAAAAAUUAGAGGGAACAGUUGAUGCCGGAUUAUCAUUCCCUCUUUCCUGCCUUUCACUGCCUUGCAUAUGUGUAGUCUCAGUGUAUUUGAGGAGUACAUGAUAGCAGUGUGCCCAAGUAGCUGUUGUGUGCCUUUCAGCUGGGCAGUCAAAAGAAAUGAGGGGCACUUUAGGAUUCAGAAGAGCCCAGCCUCAAGCAGUGCAGCAUGAUUAUGGAUUGGUGGGGAAACACUGCAGCAGUUAGAAAUUCUAGCUGUUUAGAAAGGCUAUUUUAAUUUUAUGUGAGUAAAGUUAUAUACUCCCUAUGUGCUUGCUAGGUAUUAGUAAGUCUUUUGUUUAUAUUGUCUCGUUUAAUUCUCAACAACCCUAUGGAAUAGGGAGUAUUAUCCUAAUUUUAUAGAUGAUGAAGCAGGCUAAGAGAGGCUAAGUAAUACUAGAGGAAGGAUUUAAACCCAAAUUGGUGUCCCUUCAGUGCUCUUGGUCUUCUUACUAUACCUCACUUUGCCAUAUUUUCCAGUGAGACCUGUCAAAUAGAGCCAUCAGACUUCUGCUGAAAUAGGUUUUUGAGUUCCUUGCCUUCGUGUGAUAAACACAGUGCUUCAGAUCUUAAAAUGUAAUUCUUUGAUUCUGACUGUGGGUGGCCACCUGCCUGCAGUGAGAAAGCAUGUGUAUAAAACAAAUGAAAAUUGGAUAACAUAAUACAUGUCUCCACCCAGAUGUACAGACCUCCUGGAAUGUUGACAGAUGCCGGCGUUUGUUUAUUUUCUUUCACUCUCUUGUUGUUGUGUUCCACUGAAGCUUUAUUUGGGAUGAGUUGAGAGUUCAAAGGUAUCUGGAGUAAAGGAUACUAAAAAUACACAUUUUCCACAGCACCCCGCUCCCAGUUAGCUGAAAAGUGUCAUCAUUUAUGACACUGCUAGAAGAGCCACAAUAUAAACCCAGUUUGCUUUGUUUGAAAUAGACGCAAACAAGAUCGUGUAUUCUAAGAGACAAAGGCUAAUUUGUACUGUGAGACUUCCAAGCCGGGAUAGAAAUGGCUACAUUUACUUUUCCAUCUUUUGUUUGUACAUUUACGUACUGCUUCUCAGCAAAACUGGAAGCAAGAAAUUGUUUCUCAAAACUAUAAGACAGUGCCAAAUACAAGAAAAAUGUGAUUCCCCUUCUUGGUGCAUGCUAGUUUUGUAAUAUUCAGAAUGGGUGAGAUUGUCUUUAUUUUUCUCUCGAAAAGCUAAUUUUUUAAGUUUGAUUGUGUUUUGAUUGUCUCUCUUGAUAUUGGUCAAUAUCCAGUGAAUCAUGAGAGGGAAAGUUAAGGCCGAAUGUUUAGCCUUCUAGUUAAAACUUGUUGUGUAGCUGAAUUCCUCAGUUGCCAUACCCUUUUCAUUGUUUAAUAUUGUUCUCUGUUUCUUGGGAAAAUCCCACAAUAGGAAUUUCCCUUCGUCAUUACCCUUCUGACAGUAUGUUUCAGUCUAACUCCUGGCAUUGUGUCUUCAUUAUUACCCCUUCUCCUUGCUAGCAGUCUGAAUUCUGCCCAUCUGCUAAAAGGGGGUUUCCAGACAGAGGAGGAAACAGCUUUCAAAUGCUGCACUGCAGGCUAGGAGCAUGUUAAGCCAUCCCCCCAUUGUGUAGUCUGGAAUCUGGGAGCACCUCUCUGAUGAUGCAUUCUAAUGAGCUGCUGAAGAUGCCAGAGUGUGUGCGCUCACACGUUUUCUUUCCCCUCCCCUUUUCCUUUUCCCAAACCCAGUCUUCUCCCUGUUUCGCCUCCUACUCCUUUAUCCCCUCCCUCUGUGUCUCAGUUCUGCAGUAAUCUGAGCUGAAGCACAUUCCUGCUUUUCAAGGCUUUCUGUUAAGGAUGUGUUGUGGCUUUUGUUUGGAUUGCAGCAUACACAAUUACAGGUAACACACUGAAAUUGAGCUAAAUAGAUAAAUUUUCUUGUAAUGUUUUUAGAGAGGCAAAAUAUCACAUCAGAAUCAGUGGAAAUAGGUUAUGUUGGCUGAUUUUAUUAAUGGUAUUUAUAGUGUAACGUUUUCAGAAAUGUUGAGGUAAUGAGAGGAAAAAAAAAUUAAACAUAUUCCUUUUCUCCCCACAAAAGGCUCAAAUGAAGGGAAUUGGGGUAGAUUGAUUUGACUGCAGUUGAUUUUGUUAUAUGUUAAUCCUGAAAGCUUGCUGUUGCUGUGCCUCCUCCGUAGAGUAAGGACCAGUUAUGCGGGGUGCUACUAGAGGUAGCCAUGGGUAUCUGGUGGGAAGGUUGAUAACACCCUGAGCUAGCCAGGUUCUUUGAUUAGGGUACUAGAUGCAAAGUGUAAAAUGCUUUCUCGUUUUCUUCUAUCAGCUAUUAGAGGAAACUCAUUACAACUCCUGCUGAAGCUCCUAAUUUUCCUUCCUUCUCUUCUGCCCCUUCCCCCACCCUCACUUGGCCUGAAGACAUUGUCCCCAGAGUUUGCCUUUCUCCCCUGGUGCUAUGUGUAUGGUGAACCUCCCACUAUGGCUACAUCUGGGACUGGCCAGACAACUGCUGCUGGCUCUUGCUAUUCCAAGAAGGAUUUAAAGGAGAAUUGCACUGCAGGCAAUGUACCAAAGCAGCAGCAUCGGGAGCGUGGGGACUAAGGCUCCUCUGACAUUAUUACAUAUACCCAGAGCUGACCGCAAUGACAGCAGCUGCUCCUUCGAACUGCCGGCAGCAGCCAAGUGGCAGCAUGAAGUGAGACGUCACUCCUGAGCUGAAGAUGAACUUCACCUUGGAUGAAAAUCAGAGCAGCCACUCCUUUUGCCUCUUGGCAUUUGGUUAUUUGGAAACUGUCGAUUUUUGCCUUUUGGAAGUGCUGAUUAUUGUCUUUCUAACUGUAUUGAUUAUUUCUGGCAAUAUCAUUGUGAUUUUUGUAUUUCACUGUGCACCUUUGUUGAACCACCACACUACAAGUUAUUUUAUACAGACUAUGGCAUAUGCUGACCUUUUGGUUGGAGUAAGCUGCCUAGUCCCUUCUUUAUCACUCCUCCGCUACCCUCUUCCAGUAGAGGAGUCCUUGACUUGCCAGGUAUUUGGCUUUAUAGUAUCAGUUUUGAAAAGUGUCUCCAUGGCCUCUCUGGCCUGCAUCAGCAUCGAUAGAUAUAUUGCUAUCACUAAACCUUUAACCUAUAAUACCCUGGUUACACCCUGGCGGCUACGCCUGUGUAUCUUAUUGAUUUGGCUAUACUCCACCCUGGUCUUCCUGCCUUCCUUUUUCCACUGGGGCAAACCUGGUUAUCAUGGAGAUGUGUUUCAGUGGUGUGCGGAGUUCUGGCACACGGACCCCAACUUCACCCUGUUUAUUGUGAUGAUGUUAUAUGCGCCAGCAGCCCUCAUUGUGUGCUUCACGUAUUUCAACAUCUUCCGCAUAUGCCAACAGCACACAAAGGAAAUCAGUGAAAGGCAAGCCCGCUUCAGCAGCCAGAGUGCAAAGGCUGGGGAAGUGCAGGCUUGCCCCGAUAAGCGCUAUGCCAUGGUCCUGUUCCGAAUCACUAGUGUGUUUUAUGUCCUGUGGUUGCCGUAUAUCAUCUACUUCUUGUUGGAGAGCUCCACUGGCUACAGCAACCGCUUUGCAUCCUUCUUGACCACCUGGCUGGCUAUUAGCAACAGUUUCUGCAACUGUGUCAUUUAUAGUCUCUCCAACAGCGUCUUCCAAAGGGGAUUAAAGCGCCUCUCAGGGGCAGUGUGUACUUCUUGUGCGAGUCAUACCACAGCCAAGGACUCUUACACAGUUAGGAGCAAAGGCCCCCCUAAUGGAUGCCAGGUCUAAAAUGGCACAGAUACUGGGUCACUGUGUGUGCGUGCAUGUGCGUGUCUGUGCGUUUUCCUUUUUAUCUCUUUGUAUUUCUAGUUUACCAGGAAAUCUGGGACGAAAUGAUUUGACUUCAGCAAUACCAAACAAAUGAUCCAUCCAAAAUACCUUCUAAGUUUGCAGAAAUUAUUUUCUAAACAGUAUUUUUGAACCAGAAAAAUCAAGACCAUGAAUAUAAAAAUUCUCUUGGUUUCAGUUUUUGAAAUGCCAUGGAACUGACUCCCGUUCUCAGAUUUAAAAUGAAUAAAGCCAUAUCUAACACCUCUCUCCAGCUGACAUGACUGAACCUGGGUGUGAAAAGCUUCAACAUUUAAAAGAGUCAUCCAUUUUCUUGACACCUUCUGGGUUCUUUCCAGCUGUUUGGGCUUUAUGUGCAGUUGAUUUCUUUUAACUAGGGAUAUUAAAGUACAGUGAUGAAUUAAUACAAAUUAUUUACCUAUAUAGUAGGCCUGGUGGCGCAGUGGUUAAGAGAUUGGCUGCUAACCAAAAGCUUGGCAAUUCGAAU